CGCAUACAAGAGACUAUUCAUGUUUUCGAGAAAUACACCCAGUUGCAAAACAAUUUGGUUUUCACGAGAGGCUCAACUGAAUCUCUCGUUUAUGAUAUUCUACAACUGAAUGUGCUGUACACAGGCCGCCUCAUGAUCCACGAGGAUGAUGAUACACCCGAGGCGCAACGUCAUACGGGCGAACCAAAGGAUUCAUCUCAUGGAGAACUGCGACAUAAUAGGCUCAGUCUUCGAGUUUCCCUCAACCUUAUAUUCUACCUGAACCCAAAUUACACGAAAUUGGCAAAAUACAAAGUCAUUUGCAAACAAAUUCGGUUUUGUGAGAAACUAACUUAG